GAAAAGAAAUUUUGUCCUACAUUGUCACAGAAUCUCCCUAUCUAUUUCCUUUUCUUUUCCAUAUUUACAUCCAGCAUCGUGGAAUGCGGGAGUUCAUUCCUUGGUGUAUCUUUCCCAAUAACGGCAUUCCCUUCGCAAAUUUUUCACCGCGAUAUGGCCUAGAUUGUGUCUCAUGCAUUGCAUGGUUAUUUUUAACUCCUGCCUCUUGCCUGAUGAAUACUGUUGUUCCUCGCCGUUAUUAUGUCUUUGCUCCGAGGAAUGCCCCUCAUUCUAAUUGUUCUUGCGUCAUUCGUCCUCUUCAUCUACUUCCACCAGCGAGCUGUUGCAAUACUGUCACAAAUCGACUGCCCAUCCGAAUCAGCUGAGUAUGUGAGGAACGAAUUCCCAACUGCAAACGAUCCCACGCAGCGCCUCCAAAGGCUGUUAGGAUUAUUGUGCCGAGAACAAAAGCCGAUAGCCUAUCCAACCGCCGACUCACUAAAGCUGGAAUUUCCAGAUUCUACUGUGGAAGAUGUUCCUCUUAUCAGCGGCCCUGACUCCUCUAAGCAAAAGUUCAUGAAUGAUCUGCGCAAACAAGGAAUUAUAGUGUUGCUGAGGACGGGCACGCAAGAGGCUCAGCAGUUGGCCAUACGCUUAGGAACCAUGCUACGAUAUUUCCAAGAAAGGGAUAUAUUGUUCUUUUCCGACUCGCAGGGUACCAUCGGGCCAUUUACAAUUCAUGACACAUUAAAAUCAGUUGAUCAGAAGAUUCGCGAGACCCACGCGAGACCCAGACAGACUUCAAAAUAUAUCGCGAUAUUCAUCGCUAGCAAAGUACCGGGCAAGAUACUACGGAGCUAAAAGAGGAGAAGGAGAAGGAAAAGGGAGAGGGAAGAUGGGGAUGGAGGUGAGACAAGUAUAAGUUCAUUCAUAUGGUGGAAGAGGCGUAUUUCAUGCAACCACGUGCAAAUUGGUAUGUUUUUAUUGAGACAGAUACUUAUGUCAUUUGGCCGAAUUUAAUCACUGUCAGUUACUGAAGUCUUUUUCCUUCACCCAUCAUUUCACUGCAUAACCUGACAGAUACUACUACAGUGGUUGAGGAAAAUGGACUUCACAAAACCUCUUUACCUUGGCGCAGGAUUAAUCCAUGAAGAAACUUAUUUGCCCAUGGGGGCAGUGCGUAUAUUCUUUCAAAUUCCGCCAUGAAUAUGUUGCUAGGACCAGAACAGCCAAAAGGGCUAGCAGCGAGCUGGGAUGUUAAGAUGGAUGGCGAAUGUGAGAUUCUUCCAAUGCAGCAACAUUU